UGCCCAGACUGAAGCGUAGUGACGGGUAGCUGACCCUACUUCCGAGUCGGAAUUCGUCGCCACGCGAGCAAAUGUAACGUUUAAAUAGUCAGAUGGCCCUUUGUUAGAUUGCCAAUUAUGUCCAUCAUCAUCCUCCUACUUGCCCUAUGUGCCUCCGUGCUAGUCUACUACACGACAGUAGUAUCGCGGAAGCGCAACAGACUUCCACUACCCCCUGGUCCUGAAGGAAAUUGGGAUUUUGGGAGAUCGACUUCCUCUUUUGCGUCAUUUCAGGAAUUAGAAACGUUGUUUCAAGAACAUGGCCCCGUCGUCACACUGAAGUCGGGAUCGCAGACGGUUGUUGUCAUUGGCCGACAACAAGCAGCGAUUGAUAUCAUGGAGAAAGAAGGUGCAUCACUCGCUGACCGUCCACAGUGGGUAGCAGCGAGUGAAAUGGUCUCCGGAGGCAUGAGGAUCCUGCUUCUGAAUUCUGGCAAGAGGUUCAGAAAGCUUCGGAGAGCACUGCAUAGACAUCUGCAGAUGAAAGCAGUGGUCGAUUACGAGCCACUCCAGAUGCGCUACGCAAAGAAUGUCAUCUUGGACCUUAUGGAGGAUCCAGAUAACCAUGCGUGCCAUGCCAGACGGUACGCUGGAUCACUCAUUUUAGCCUUGACAUACGGAAGGACGGCUCCCGGUCGGUCUGAUGAUCCGGAGAUCGUCGCUGUAGCGCGCAGCCUGCAGAGGGUCGGACUCGCGGUUCGGCCGGGUGAGUACAAAGUGGACGAAUAUCCAUUUUUGAGGUACUUGCCUUUCUAUGGCAAGGAGCUCAGGACAUGGCACGCGGAAGAACUAGCGCUGUUUAGAAGCCAAAUGGAUACCGUUGUGAACAACAUAGAUACCGUCCAGCCGUGCUUCGCCAAAUACCUUAUCGAGCACCAAGCAGAGCUCGAGUUGAAGCACGACGAGUUAGUCUACCUCGCAGGUACUAUGUUUGGUGCCGGGUCUGCUACCACAGCAAACGCGAUUAGCCUGGUAAUCAUGGCUGCGGCGUGUUUCCCUGGCGCCCAACGUGCGGUCCAGCAACAAAUUGAUGAAGUAAUUGGAAGCGAUCGCCCACCGAACUUCGAGGAUUAUGCGGCCCUUCCUCGAGUAAAGGCUUUCAUAUUAGAAACCUACCGCUGGCGACCGGUUGGAGGUAGCGGCUUUUCUCAUCGAGCGUCAGGAGAUGUUUUUUGGAAAAACUACUGUAUACCAAAGGGGACUGUGGUCAUUGGCAAUCACUGGUCCAUUUGUAGAGAUCCAGCUCUAUUUGAAGAUCCCGAUAAUUUCAACCCAGAUCGUUGGCUGGAUGAUCUUGGACGAGUCAAAGACGAUGUCCCUUUCUUUAAUUUUGGUUUUGGAAGAAGGGUUUGUCCCGGACAACAUGUGGCUGACAAAUCUGUAUUUAUAAACACGGCGCUGAUUUUAUGGGCAUUCAACAUAACGCAGAUGGCAUCUGAACCCAUCGAUCCCAACGGUUUCGUUAACGUCGGUGUCAGCAUUGCACCUCAGCCAUUCAAAGCGUGCUUCAACAAGAGAGUCGACAGCAUACAUAGACUGUUAGAAGGUUACGGCACCCCACAUUAAUUAUUACAUUUGUACGAAGCUGGUAUUUAU